UCUUUAUUUUUUCUUAGGUAAAAGAGGGCCCACUUACAAAAGAAUCGGUAAACAUACCAAUUUUUUAAGAAAUAAACUGGGGUAUUCAUUAUAAAAAAUGCUACUUGUGUAAUACCAAUUAAGUUGAAUAACUCAUCGUUCUAGUUUCAGAUCGGACUUUGAUCAGCUUCAGAUAACAGCUAUGAAGAAGUUGGAGCUUGUUUUCAUACCUAUACCUGGUUAUGGUCACCUAAAAUCAGCCAUAGAACUUGCAAAGCGUUUGGUCGAUCGAGAUGAAAGAUUAUCCAUCACAGUCCUUGUUAUCAGUAAUCCCGCUCAAACUGAUAUUGAUUCAUACACGAAGUCGUCUGCCGCUUCUAAUGCCCGAAUAAAAUACACCACAAUUCAUCCCACCGAUCCUCUUCCUCAAGGACCUCAACCCUCUUCCUCUUCGCCUAUAUCCUUAGAAAAGCUUGCUACCCUCUUCAUCGAGAGCCAUAAAUCUCAAGUUGAACAAGCAGUCAGGGAGUUGGUAUCAGAUGAUUCAACACAUCUACUUGGAUUUGUCCUUGAUAUGUUCUGCAGUUGUAUGAUCGAUGUAGCCAACAAAUUCAAGGUCCCUUCCUACAUCUUCUUUACUUCAAACACAGCUUUUCUUGGAUUCCUCCUCCACCUCCCGAUCCGCCACAACCAAGUUGGUUUCAGUUUUAACCCAUCGGAUCCUGACUCACUUAUCCCAAGUUACCAGAAUCAUGUUCCAGUAAAUGUGCUUCCUGGAGCUGUAUUUGACAAAACUGGUGGUGGGUAUGAAACUUUCCUUUAUCUUGGUACCAAGUUCCAGGAAUGCAAAGGAUUUAUAGUAAAUUCAUACGUUGAGCUCGAACCAUACGCUGUUAAUUCAAUGGUAGCCCAACCGUCUGUAUACCCGGUUGGACCGUUGCUUGACCAUAAUAAGUCAACUGGAUCGAUUGAGAUCAAGAACUGGCUCGACAAACAACCUUCGAAGUCGGUUCUCUUCCUGUGCUUCGGGAGUAUGGGGAGCUUUAAGCAGCCGCAGAUAGAGCAGAUCGCUAUUGCUCUCGAGAGGAGUGGUCACCGGUUCUUGUGGUCGAUUCGCCAGCCAUCACCAGCCAUGCAUGGAGCUCCAAGUGACUACACGAGCUAUGAAAAGGUUAUGCCAGAUGGGUUUUUCGGUAGAGUGAAAGAGAGAGGAAUGGUUUGUGGUUGGGCACCACAAAUCGAAGUGCUUGCACAUGGAGCUGUAAAAGGCUUUGUGUCUCACUGUGGAUGGAACUCCAUCUUGGAGAGCAUGUGGUGUGGGGUCCCUAUUGCAACUUGGCCAUUGAAUGCAGAACAACAACUGAAUGCUUUUUUGGUUGUGAGGGAGUUGGGAUUGGCUGUGGAGUUGAGUUUGACAUACAGAAGCAGUGGGACCGAGUUGGUGAUGGCAGAUCAGAUAGAGAGAGCCAUAGAUUGCUUGAUGGAUGAUACGAACCCGGUCAGAGAGAGAGUGGAGAAGAUAAGUCAGAAAAGCAGGAAGGCUUUGAUUAAUGGUGGAUCUUCGUUUGUUACACUAGGUAAAUUGGUUGAUGACAUGUUACAAAACAUAGGGGCAGAGUAACAACGCUCUUGAGAAGUAGACCACCAACUUCUUGUCUUUGUAAUAAAUGAUAUAUAUAUAUA